AUGGUGUUAAGAACGGCGGAGGAUAAGGAAGUAAUGGUGAUUGGUGAACGCUGGAAUUAUAUGACGAAUGUAAUUUCGGCAUUAAGAGCGAAGAAGUUGGUUCAAAAGGGAUUCAAAGCCUAUUUGGAUUACAUUAGCAAGACAAAGGUUAAGAGCCCUACUGUUAAGGAGUUGAGAACGGUUAAGGAAUUUCCUGAUGUCUUUCCCAAGGAGCUACCUGGGUUGCCACCCAGUAGGGAAGUAGAAUUUGGAAUCGAAUUGUUACCUGGUACGGCUCUGGUGCCCAUCGCUCAUUAUCGGAUGGCACCAAAGGAGCUGGUGGAACUUAAGCCAGUGCCUGGAAAGGAGUUUAUGGUUUACAGUGAUGCGUCGCAUGUGGGCUUAGGAAGUGUAUUGAUGCAAGAAGGAAAGAUAAGGAGUAAGCAGUUAGUGGAUGAGACUUUGGGUGCUCGUUUUAAACAAGUAGAGAGUGGGGAGACAUUAGACUUUGGGAUAAAUAGUGAAGGAGUAUUGUGUUUCUGUGGGAGAAUGUAUAUACCAAAGGGCGAUGAUCUAAGGCAGUCCAUUCUGCAGGAAGCACAUAGCGGUCUCUUCGCAAUGCAUCCUGGUGGAAACAAGAUGUAUCGGAAUUUGCGUGAGCUUUAUUGGUGGCCUGGACUUAAACGUAAGGUUAUGGAGUUCGUAAACAAAUGUUUAGUUUGUCAAAAAGUGAAAGCGGAACAUCAAUUGCCUUCAUGGUUACUUCAGCCAGUGAAGAUUACACUCUGGAAGUAG